UAUGAAGGAAUAGAACAUAAUUUAGAUAUAUAUGAAGAUACCCAAUGAAAUUGAUGUCAUCAUUUUCCAUUCUAUGCCAUCAGUUUUAAAAUUAUUCAAACAAUAGAAUACUAUACUAUUUCACUCUAUUCUAUGAAUAAAAACAUAUAUCCUAGGAGAAGGAAAUGUUACAACAAUAUGUCAAUGAGAAAAAGUGCAUUUUGCAGUAUUCAAGAUAUUCUGUUAAUGGGCUAGUAUCAGUUGGCAGUUAGUUGGUAAUUCUGUUAUGACAGUUACCAGUAUGAUAGAGUUAGUUACACUAAUUAUAGGUUUAACUUCUACUCUAUAAACUAAUACCAGUAUUAUACACUGUUUCAUCCAAUCAAUUGCUUAUUCAUAAUAAGUUUUUCUUUUUUCAAUUUUUCUCUCGAACCGACUCGAUCAAUGGCCAAGAAAUUAUGCAGCAUUAGUAAUAAAUUAUAACGACCGGCGCCACAUUUCAUGCCACAGUUAUAUUUGUUCCCUCUCAGAUACAAAUUCAAGAAACACUUUCACUCUUGAUAAUGGCAAAGAUAGAAAUUAGGUUGAAGGAUUCUUGCAGCAGAAUCUAACUCUGAUUCAAACCCCAGGUACAUAGAAUCAAGAAUCUCACUCUGAUUUUUGUUGAAGAUGGCGAAAGUGACACUUCACGUGUACGACUUGACCAAUGGUUCGGAGAAGACGAACAACACCGUUGUUCACAUCAACAAGAUCUUCAAGAACGGUAUUGGUCUCGGUGGAAUAUUCCACAGCGCUGUUCAGGUUUAUGGAGAUGAAGAAUGGUCAUUUGGAUUCUGUGAAGAAGGAACUGGAGUUUUUAGUGGUCCUUCAGGGAAGAACACAAUGUUUACAUAUAGAAAAUCCCUUGUUCUAGGAAAAACAAACUACAAUAUUUUCAAGGUAAAUCAAAUAUUAAGAGAACUUAGUAGAGAGUGGCCUGGAAAUUCUUAUGAUCUCUUCUCCAAAAACUGCAACCACUUCUGUGAUGAAUUUUGUCGAAGACUAGGCGUUCCAAAACCUCCAGGUUGGGUUAACAGGUUUGCGAACGUUGGUGAUAUUGUUAAGGAAGUGGCUAGGAAUGCAGCAUCGCUGUUCCGGCAUGCAAAAACAGAGAUUGUAUCAGCAAGCAAAACAGCAUACAGAUUCCUGCUGUGUGUUACAAAUAAUGUUAAAGCUGAUAUGUAUGAUUCCCCUAGAGAAGAAGAAUCUCCUAGAGUUCAACAUGCUUGGUUGAAAAAGCUUAUUACUAACGGUGUGAAACCAUCUACUUCUAGUAGUUCAGAAGCUGAGAAUCCAUGUGACUGAAUGAUGUAUAGUUCUGGAAGCUACCAUUACCAUAGGUUUAGUGCAUGUACAUUUUAAGUCAAAAAACAAAUGCAAUUUUUACAUCUUAUUCAAAUCACUAUUUUAAUUGGUGCCUUGUUUGUAGAACUGUAUACUGAAAAAGAAACUUCACAA